AGACUGAGCGUUACAGAGGACUGUUCUCUGGUUAUAAAGAAGGUCACAGAGGAGGAUGUUGGACAAUAUGUCUGUCGUCUGUACCCACCAGGAGGAACACCAGAACCUGAAGCUGUUGUUGAUCUGUCUCUUCUGAGCAUGACUGAAAUAAAGGACGGUGAUCAGGUGACAUUACGCUGCUUUGUGAGGACAUAUGGACGGUGUACACUCAGAGUGAGGUGGCUGUUUGAGGGUAAAGAUGUGGAUGAUCCUCAUCAAAGUGUGGUGACAUCACAGGGUCACUGCUUCACUGAUGUGACCUUUCCGUCGUAUCAGCACAUGUACAAAUCAAGAAAUGACUCCCUGCAGUGUGAAGUGACUGCAGGUAACAAAGUGAAGCUGUUUCCCUUCAGCCCUCAGCUCUCAGCUGGAAAACCAACUGAGGUCAUACCGACAACAGGGACCACACCGACGCCUGAGAACAAUCAUUCUUCAGAUGGAAAAGGUUGGCGUUGGCUGUGGUUGUACGUCACCGUGGCUGUGGUGCUUUUAACGGCGCUUCUUGUCGUCAUUGUGAUCGUCAUCCGACUGAAGAGAACCAAAGGUUCAGGGAAUGACAACCUGGCGCUGACCUCAAACCAUGCAGGUCCUCAGGCUGCUGCAGAAACCAGUCAGAACGCGGCUGAUCCUGAAGAUGGUGUGGCCUACGCCUCCGUCAGCUACACCAAGAAGAGCGACAGUGAAGCCCGGGUUCGGCGUAAAGACAAUGACGAAGACGGAUGUGUGAUGUAUGCCACCGUGAAAGCCUCGACUUCUUCUUCUGCUGCUGGUGGAGCCUCCAUUGAUCCCAGCUGCCUCUACGCCACUGUUGGAAAUGAGAAGAGAUAACAGUGCAACGUGAAGUCACUUCUUAUAUAUUGACCGAUAUUUCAUUAGAAUUAUUUGAAAUGAUCAUUUGCUUUAUUUCAGGUUUUAUUGCCGUAGAGGAUUUUGUUCAGAAGGGACGUUUGCUUUAGCUGUACAGAUAUUCAGUCGAGUUAAUGCUACUUCAUGCUCUCAGGUUUUAUAGUGUACAGGUACUUUUUUAAUCUGCUGUAAUUUAAACAUCUAUCUCUCUUCAGUCUACUCUUUACCGUGUGAGAUGAAAAGACGAACAAAGAGGAAGUUGGAUAGUUCAUUGUCAAUGAGUUUGACGCUUACACGGAUGUAAGUUUCAGAUUUGUGACGUCGGAGUGAAUUUCAUGGCAGUUCUGAGAAAGAGGAACUGAAAGCAGAUGGUCCGCUCCUACAACAACAACAUUAAGAUGAUGAUACAUCUUUAACUUACUAUUUAAAGAUCGUACAAAUAACAUUUCUCUUGAAGUCGCCCAAGUUUAGACACUUUCACAACAUGAGCUGUCCGAUCAAUCUUUAUUUAUGUCGCGCCAAAUCCCACGCUUUCCAAACAGAGCAGGUCUAGACCGUACUCUAUGUUCUAUUAUUAACAAAGA